GGGAGAGUGUUAUUUCAUUUUCGUAACACAUAAAAGUGAUGGCAUCGGGGAAGCUUCCGUGGGAGUUGGAGGAAGAGAUACUGUCUCGUCUUCCACCUCGAUCUCUUGUUCGGCUCAGAUCUGUAUGUAAACACUGGAACGAUCUUUUCAACGACAAAAGGUUCGUCAACAACAACUUGGCUCGUGCUCGUCCCCAAUUCAUCAUCCUGACCGAAUCCAAAAUGUAUUCGAUAGACACCAUCGGUCUGGGCGGCGUUGAUCCGACGAUAGAGGUGAAUGAACUAGCCUCUGAAUUACAUUUUGAGGCUAAGAAGUCGACAUAUACCCGUAUCACGGCUUGCGAUGGAAUAUUGUUUCGUCACUUUUGGAUGCAAGGGGUUACCAUUUGGAAUCCAUGUUUGAGACAGGUUGGAUUGAUAGAGUACGAGUACGAGGACAGAGAUUUCCAUUUAUUGGGUGUAGGAUACGAUACUACUAAACCCGAGAAGGGUUACAAGAUCUUGGGGUAUUUUGAUCGUCUUCGUAGAGUCACUGACGCUUGCCAGGAAGGUCACCUCAGGUUUGCGAUUUAUGAGUGUGCGUCUCACUCGUUUAAGUUCAUUGAUUCCCUGGAUUGGCCAAUGCUGGCAGGUUUAGGUGAAUAUGUUUCCUUGAACGGAAAUUUGUAUUGGACUUCUUACAAUAAAGAGACUCGUGAGUGUUUUCUCGGAAGCUUUGAUUUCUCCACGGAAAUAUCGAUGCGCUUUUGUCUCCCUCCUUGUGGGAAGCAUGUUUCUGGCUCACUACAUAAACUUGUCCUCACUGUAUUUAAGGGAGAUAGGUUUGCAUUGUUAAAGCAAUCUCGUAUAUCAAGGAAUACAGAGGUUUGGGUAACAAAGGAGAAGAUUAACAAUAGUAAUAAGGAUGACGUGGUGUGGUUAAACUUGAUGACACUGUCAAUACCUAACUUUCCUUCGCUUUUCAAUCAGUUUUCUGGUAUUAGAUACUUCAUUUAUGACAAGACCCUUAUCAUGUGUUGUGGCGCCGAUCAAACUGGAGUGCCUUGCAUCUUUAUUGCGAGGGGAGACAUGUGCAAGAAGAUUCAAAUAGGUUCUGGCUUUGAUCAUUUUUCUCACUGUGUCUAUCUUCCAAAUUUGAUCUCGGUUCCUUCUGAAUUCAAAUCACUACAAAAAAAGGUAAGUCAGAAAAUUGUUAUGGAGCUGGUGAACCAUACUUGGAAAUAAAUGAUGAACCUCCUUGAUUUUGUAAACCUUUUUAAGGUUGGGUUGCUAGUAUAGCUUACUACAUGCAAUCUUUUAUCAAUCCAAAUAUGUUGGGUUCCUUCUGAAUUCAAAUCAGUGCAAGUUUAGAAUUUGUAUUUUUCUUGUUUAUUAUACAUAAUCUCAGUUGGUUAGUUUAAAUAAAGAGAGUACAAAGCCUUUCCGGUCUUUUGAAAUGUGAUUAUGUUUGAAAUGUGAUUCUGUUUUCAUUUCUUUUCUAUAAUGUGCUGCUCUCUAUGUGGAUUGGUUUAGUACGUGAGCCUUCUUGACAUCUUUUUAUGAAGUUCUUGGUUGGGUUCUUAGUAUAGCUUAAUCUAUAUGCAUCUGGUAUCAUGUUGUAUAGAUAUAAAACAAAAGUACACUAAGACAAAAUUCACAUUAGCUGAAGGUGACUUGGAUUUUAGACGCACACAACAUGAUAAAGAGAACAAAACGUAGAUGAGGACUAGUGAGACCCACGUCCUUCAGCUUCUGGUUUAGACACAAUGUUCCUUUUUUUUCAAUAGGCCUGCAACAUCGCAGAGAGUCUCAAGAACCAGCCAAAGACUAGCUGCAACAACACACUUGUCACAUAAUACCUGCAAGUCACCUUAUCACUUCUCGGGUUCUCAUUAUCUUUUAUCAACCCAGAUAUAAGACUGUUUGAAACAAACAUAGUACUGGUUCAGCUAACACUGGAGCUGGCGAUGUUCACUGGGAGGGUCUGGAUGAGGAAAUAGAAGAUAAAGAAGAGGUUUCUCUAGAUCAAGGUCAAUGGAUGCCUAAUCUAAAAACUGAUAUGUUUGUGGCGCCGAUCAAACCGGAGUGGCUUGCAUCUUUAUCGCGAGGGGAGACAUGUGCAAGAAGAUUCAAAUAGGUUCUGGCUUUGAUCAUUUUUCUCACUGUGUCUAUCUUCCAAAUUUGAUCUCGGUUCCUUCUGAAUUCAAAUCACUACAAAAAAAGGUGAGUCAGAAAAAUGUUAUGGAGCUGGUGAACCUGACUUGGAAAUAAAUGAUGAACCUUCUUGAUUUUGUAAACC